UGUUACUAAAUCUCGCGAGAGUUGACACUUGUUUAGAAUUCACGAAAGAUGGCGGCGGCGGUGCCUCCUGAUGAGGCUACCCUCCAGUCUCACAUCAACAAGGCCACCAACCCUUUGAAUAAGGAGACUGACUGGGACACUAUCAAGGGAAUUUGUGAUAAGCUCAACAAUGAAGCAGAGGGUCCCCAGCUUGCAACCAGACUUCUGGCCCACAAAAUUCAAUCACCUCAGGAGUGGGAGGCUAUGCAAGCCCUUAUGGUUCUGGAGACAUGCAUUAAGAACUGUGGAAAGCGAUUUCACAGUGAGGUGGGGAAGUUUCGCUUUCUCAAUGAACUGAUCAAAGUGGUGUCGCCUAAGUAUUUGGGUACCCGGGCUCCAGAGCCUGUGAAGAAGAAGGUGUUAGAAAUAAUUUACAGCUGGACCGUGAGGCUGCCAAAUGAGACCAAGAUAGCAGACGCCUAUCAGAUGCUGAAAAAACAGGGUAUUGUCAAGUUGGAUCCUGAGCUUCCUGAUGACAAGCCCCUCCCACCCCCUCCACCUAGAGCCAAAAAUGUCCUUUUUGAGGAUGAAGAGAAAUCUAAGACGCUGUCUCGCUUAUUGAACAGCACUCACCAAGAAGAUCUCAGAGCAGCAAACAAACUCAUCAAGGAAAUGGUCCAGGAGGACCAAAAGCGCGUAGAGAAGGUGUCAAAGCGACUGAAUGCCAUCCAGGAGCUGAAGGAAAGUGUCAGCCUGCUGAGCCAGUUGCUGGAUGGUUAUAGCAAGGAGACCUGCUCACAGAGCAACCAAGAGCUCAUUAAGGAUCUUUACCAGCGCUGUGAGAAGAUGAGGCCUACUCUAUUCAGAUUAGCAAGUGACACAGAGGAUAGCGACGAUGCUUUAGCCGAUAUCCUACAGGCCAAUGACAACCUGACUCAGGUCAUCAACCUGUACAGGAAGCUGGUAAAGGGAGAGGAUGUGUCAAAGGAUGGCAUAACCUUGCCCUCACAACCAGGCAGCAGUAGCUCAGCGCUCGUAGACUUGAUGGGACUUAACGCAUCAGCCAGCAUGACAUCAUCCAACCGAGAGCCCUCCGGCCUCCAGACCCCAACUGAGCACAUGGGCAUCAGCCUCUUGGAUGAUGAGCUCAUGUCACUAGGAUUGAAUGUAACAGAAAACUUCAACUCUCAGAACAAUUUUCAGUCCUCUGAUGGUACAGGCUCAUUUGCUCCAUCCGUCCGCGCUGCGGUGCUGCAACCUGCUGUGGUCCAAGCACCACAAGCUGCUGCAGCAGCAGGGGGGCCCGCUGCUCCUCCCAAACCCAUGGAGGAGCUGGACUUGUUGGGGGAGACUUUGUUACAGCAGUCCUUACCCCCACAGAGCCAGCAGGUCAAAUGGGAUAAGCUCCAACCUCGAUCUAGAGUCACCUUACGAGAUCUGCAGACCAAGUCCAACGCCAGCUCUAGACCGGCUCCGGGUGCAGGACCCCUUUUGGCUGUCCCUCCAGAGCAGCCAGCCAGUCUCCUCCUAUCCAAUCUCAGUCUUGCAGCUGCUGAGAGAGGCCGGUUAGCUGCUACUGACCUGUCUGACAACAUGUCUCUGUCUGACGUUACUGUGCCUCUGGAAGCAAUCAAACCUAGCAGUUUAUUACCAGUGACUGUAUUCGACAAACACAGUCUACGUGUUUUGUUCACCUUUUCCCGUGACUGUCCUCCAUCCCGCCCCGACGUGCUGGUGGUGAUCAUCUCCAUGCUGUCCUCAGCCCCCAUUCCAGUCACCAACAUCCGCUUUCAGGCAGCCGUACCAAAGGUGAUGAAAGUGAAGCUGCAGCCUCCCUCUAGCACCGAGCUCCCAGCCUUCAAUCCCAUCCUGCCUCCAGCCGCCGUCACACAGAUCCUACUGUUGGCAAACCCCCACAAGGAAAAAGUGCGUUUGCGGUACAAGUUGACAUUCAACCUGGGGGACGGAUGUCACGAUGAAUCUGGUGAUGUGGACCAGUUCCCGCCUCCAGACACCUGGGGAAACCUGUAGGGAGGAAAACCAGCCUGCUGUCAUCUAAACUGCUGCUUCCUUCAGAUUUAGGUUGAAGGUGUCCCUCGUCACUGGCUUGAGACGAUGCCUCGUUACUCUUAAGUGGUUUAAAACUCUGGUUGGGAAAUACAGACUGACAAGCGACCAGUUGUGGGAACCAGCUUCUACCUUGUGCCUUCCUUUGCGCCUUCCUGUUCUUUUUCAAUCAUCUCUAUGUUCCUUGUGUAUCGUACUGUAGAAUCGAUUUUCCUUUUCUCCCACAAUCAUUCUCAUACAAAACCGUUCAAUACAGUUAGAAUUGUUACAGUUUGUGUCCAGUGUGCAGGGUAGGGUUAAAUAAAAUGUAUUUCUUUCUUUCAAUACAUCAAUAAUACUUUUCUGUCAGUUACAUGCUAAUAGUGAUGUUUACAGUCUGACCAACAGCCAAACACUCAGUGUAUUUAACCUAUGGUAUGGAGCAGUGGAUAAAUAAUUUGAUUAACAGAAUUUGAAUGUAUUUAUUAUCAAAUGAUUGCUUGUUUCAGUACUACAUCAGUGUUGUAGGAGGAGCAGCAACAGUGGAUUUGGUAGUUAGAUUCUAUCUUGCCAAACUUUUAGUAAUCCUCUUCAGUUGUAUCAGGAAUUGAUGAAACUAAAUUGAAUCAACACUUUGAAAGGAUUGAGGUGUUUAUCCCCUUACAGUCAAUGAAGCAGUGCCUCCUGCUAGUAUACGUAAUGAAUUGGUAAAAAGUUUUAAAGUAUUUCUUUUGUGGUUAUUAUUAAUGUUGUGCAGGGCCAGUGUGUGUCUUAACUGUGACAAACGGCUUUUAUCAUACUUGUCACAGGAAAAGCACAGGUGAAUUAAUAAGUUGUCAAUGUCUUCUGCGAAGAGAGACCAUGAAGGAAGGGUACUAAAUACAGAAGUUUCACUUUUAAUUUCUGCACUUUUCUUUAUUUUCUAAAAUAUUGGGACACUUUUAUAUGUUAUGUUUCACUCAGGAUUUUCCUUUUGAGUUAUUUUACACAACGUGAGUUAACCUGCAUUUAUUUUGUUUUACUUUUGCACAUGAAACCAUUCUAUUUAACAAUACAUUGUCUUUUCUCAUUUGUUACCUUCCUACUGUUGAUCAACCAAAAGACGGACAUGUGCAGUCCUGAGUUGACGUUGCGUACGUCAAGUUUGAUUCUACCACACGUGCCUGGGAUAGAACCUAUAUUUUUAUUUGCUCUUGUACAUUUAAGUAUUGAAAUGACUAGUUUGAUUUUUGUUUUCAUACGUCCAUGUCCUUAUCACAUACAAUUAUUGAAAUAGUCAAAUGUUAUGGCAUCAUCCCACAACCACGUCCAUUGAGUUGUUUGGAGCAUUAAGCGAUGUAAAGAUUCAAAUAUAAUCAGAUUGAAGGCAAACUGGUUCUACCUGACGAAUAAGAUGUUGAAACCUGAGGAACUCCAAAUGUGUGUUACUACAAUGGAGAUUUAGUUCAGUUCAUGAGGGAAUGACAUACUGCAUAAUAUUGAUUCAGUUGUUAUGGUAGAUUAACUCUCAUCAAUGCUUUUAAUCAUUAAGAUGGGCUGUUUCCUACUGCUCUGAAUGAGCCACAGCGACACGCUUUCAUUUACUUACAGGUCCAGCACUAACUUUUCUAGGACUGGAAGGAUGUGCAAAAAAGAGACAAGAAAGUAGCCUGUCAGCUUCUUUCAGUCUUGCGUGGCUUAAGCUGAUUUCAAAUAAUAUCAUUUUUACGAUAUACUCGUAAACUAUGCACUGAGGGGGCCGUAACAUGUUUGACUACAUUGCCAGAAACGGAUUCAUCUUAUUCACAGUGCAUAUUUGCCUUUUGUCAUUCCCUGCCAGUUUAGUGUUAAUUCCUUUUAAGUGUGAACCGUGGCCCAUUGUUUGACUGCAGUAGCAUUAAUCAGAAUACAUAUUUAAAUGAUUCCAGUCUGUGAGGCUGAUGAUGACUAUGGCUCUUCCUUCCUGUUAUCAACUACUUCUGUUAUUAAGUAAUUUGUCUCCCCAGCCUUUAUGUCUGUAGCCAUGCGACUUUGUGCCUGGGAGAUGUAUUUAUUUAGGGGGACGCUACAGAGCUUGUUAGAUAUAAAUCCCUCCUCUUUUACUUAUUACUUGUAGAAAAUAUGCUUCAGUGUGCAGUACACUACAAAGACCUACACAAGCACCGUUUAUGCAAAUCUGUCAUCCUACUCCAGCAUUCAAGAGUAUUAUCAAACUGGAACUCCCUACAUUUUGACCUGCUAGAAAACUAGAAACAUUUAACUAAACUGGAUCCAGAUAUUUUAGGUUGUUAAACUGAAAGUAAAACAUCACUAAGCGUUGUAGCAAGGCCUCUAAAUGUGUGUAUUUGUGUUUCUAUUGUAAAUAAAGGCUUAUUGCCAUGAUGUAUAUUUACAUAGCAACAUACUGCACAUUCUGCUGGAUACAUAAAUGAGAAUGUACUACAAAUGUGAAUUUAAGGCAAAUAAAAUCAUUUGUAUGGCCAAUUUACCUGA